AUGAUCUCAACUAUAGCACUUGCCAUAGUUAUCGGUUUACAAGUCUCGUACGAUAAGGAACUUGACGAAGAGCUGGAUCAACGGGACACUUCAGCGCGACAUAUCAUUCACUGGUCAAAGCCAUCUGGAAGCCUUUACGCCCAAUUCAAAAGGGUUGCCGUUGCAUCGGAUCAUGGAUUCUGCUCAGAAAUAGGAAGAGAUGUGAUGAUUGACGGUGGAAACGCUGUCGACGCAAUAAUAGCCACAUUGCUGUGUGUAGGAGUAGUGAAUCCUCAGUCAAGUGGACUAGGAGGUGGCUUCAUUAUGACUCUGUACAAUGCAUCAACGGGUCGAUGUCAGACAAUCAACGCUCGCGAGUCAGCUCCUCUUGCUGCCACUGAGGACAUGUUUAAGAGUGAUACAAAUCAGUCUGUAUACGGUUAUCGUGCAAUCGCCAUACCAUCUGAACUACACGGAUUUUGGACAAUAUUCAAGAACUUUGGUUCUGGAAGAGUAAACAGUUCACAGUAUCAAAUAUUUCAGGUAGAGUGGUCCCGUUUGUUUGAACCGUCGAUUAAGCUGGCUAUGAAUGGAUUCCCUGUGUCGAGCAACCUGGCCUCCAACUUGGCCCGUAAGGAGAAUCUAAUCCAAGCUGAACCAACUUUGAAGGAAAUCUUCGUGGAUCGAGUAACAGGACGGGUCUAUGAGGAAGGUGACAUCAUGAAACGCGAGCGUUAUGGUUCCACCCUUCAGCGUCUUGCCAACGCCUCAGAUCCAGUCGACUUGUUCUACAAAGGGGAUAUGGCGCAGACCAUCGCUGAAGAGAUUACCAGCAAUGGUGGAAUCAUUAAUUCGACGGAUUUGGCAAGUUAUGAAACGCUGAUCGACGAGAUUCCGCUAAUCGUAAGUGGAUUGUCGGGUGAUUUGGAAAUGUGCGGACCGCCACCUCCGUCAUCUUUCGUGAUCACGCAGAGUAUCAUAGCUGUCAUGGCGGAGUUCUAUCGCGGUGAUAAGGUGAACCUGGAUGAUCCGCUGGUUUAUCAUCGUCUUAUCGAAGCCGAAAAGUUCGCUUAUGCUCAGCGGACGAAGCUCGGUGAUGUGAGAUUUGUGGAAAGCGCAAAACUACUUGUCGCCAACAUGAGUACUCCGUGA